AUGGCAACACUGGGCUAUCGCGACUCGGGCUCCGUUGUGCUGUCUAAAGCCGAGGCCCUGCGUCAGGCACAUGAGAAGGAUGGCGAGCGUUCGCGCAUGAUGGUUUUCUCGAAGAGGCAGAGCCCUCCCAGGAAGCGGAAGGAUGAGCGAGAGGAGCGCGACAAGGAAGAAGCAGCUGAGUUUGAAAUGAAGCUGGCAAACAUUAUCCAGAAGCGCCCGGACAAGCGCUUGAAGUGGCUCCAGAAGGGCAUGCUGCUGAUUGGGAGGAAGAUGAUCAAGGCCUCCGACUUCUAUGAAUUGGUCAUGGACAAGACUUUCAUCUCAGACGUGCCUGCCGAACUUGGUACCAGAAUGAAGGCAUCCAUUCUCGCCAACCUCCAUCUCUUCUCUUCCAAGCAGCAGAAGGCGUUGCAGAGUGAGUCAUGCCACUUCAACCAGUUCUCGUCGGCAUCUUCCAAGGACCGCCCAACCAAAGAGUCCAAGCGCGGCCAGGACCGUGAAGGCGGCGAAGGCAAGAAGAAGCCACGCAAGCGACGUGCCAAGGAUUCGAGGGACAGCGAAGAUGACGCAGACUCCCUUGACUCACGGGCCCCGCCACCGCGUCGCCCGCGACGGGACGACCGGCGGGAUGAUCGGCGAGAGGACCGGCGAGACGAUCGGCGAGAUGACCGUCGCGAUGACCGUCGGGGAGACGAGGAUGGAGGCAGAGACCGCGACGAUGACCGUCGCAUCUAUGCUCGCGGAGCAGCUGAUGAUGGCUACUGA